AGUACUGGAUUUAUUAUCAUGGGAUUUUCUGGCAAUCUGGAGAUGCGUGCCUUGCUUUUUUCACUAUUUCUGACAGCAUAUGUCAUGUCACUGGUGGGAAAUGCAAUGAUUAGUAUUGUUGUCAGGCUUGAUCCUGCUCUUCAUAGUCCAAUGUGUUAUUUUAUUGCCAGUCUCUCUUUGGUGGAUAUCUGCUAUACAUCUGUCACAGUCCCCAAGAUGUUGGUGAACUUCCUCUCCAAGGAUACAACCAUCUCCUUCACUGGCUGUGCUGCUCAGCUGUACUUCCUCCUCUUCCUUGGGACCACGGAGUGCUUCCUUCUUUUGGCCAUGGCGUAUGACCGCUUCACGGCCAUCUGCAACCCCCUGCGCUAUGCUUCCAUCAUGAGCAAGAAGCUGUGUGCUUGGCUGGUGGCUGGGUCAUGGGCCAGUGGCAUGGUGCUCUCCCUAGGGCAGACAACUCUGAUAUUUGUUCUGCCCUUCUGUGAGGACAACCAGAUCAACUUUUUCUUUUGUGACAUCCCUCCUCUUCUGAGACUUGCCUGUGGAGAUACAUUCAUAAAUGAAAUUGCUGUCUUUACAGCCGGGAUGUUAAUCACUCUGAUCCCAUCUCUCUUGAUACUUGGCUCCUAUAUCCACAUCAUCACCACCAUCCUGAAAAUGGCAUCUGCCAAGGGCAGGCAGAAAGCCUUCUCCACCUGCUCCUCACACCUCAUUGUCAUCACUAUGUUCUAUGGAUCUGCCAGUGCCAUGUACCUGAGACCCAGCUCUAGCUAUACCCUUGAAAACGACAAGUUUCUAGCUCUGCUUUACUCCAUCAUCACCCCAACCCUGAAUCCUAUCAUCUACAGUUUGAGAAGCAAAGAGAUCAAUGAAGCUCUGAAGAGAAGGGUGACCUCAAAAUGGUUUCAUUUCAAUUGCUGA